ACGCUCAGUAAUCUAUGGCAGCCAUUGAUGACUCUGUUUUCUAUAUCCAUUUGAGUUUUCUCUCGGAAGAGAAUGGCGAACAUAAGUUCACCUUCUUUGUCUUUGCCAAACAUGAACCUGCCUCGUGUUUUCUCUCAAAAGCCGAUGAACUUGAUGGUCAAGACAUCAGUCUCGCUUCGCAAAAACCUGUUCCACGAACCACAAAUUUCAUUCGGAAUUUCCCUAUUUUAUCGAUUUAAGGGGACCAGGUUUGUGUUGCAGUCUCGCACAAGUGAUUUUUCAACUAAUGAUAAUCAAAUUGAGGUAAAGAAGGAUCUAUCAGACCUUACAGUAAAAGAAACUGAGGUUAAAAGCAGCAUGUGGAGCUGGAGGGGUUAUUCUAUACGCUAUCAAUAUUCUGGAAACAGUGGCCCUGCCUUAGUUUUGAUUCAUGGUUUUGGAGCAAACAGUGACCAUUGGAGAAAGAAUAUUCCAGUGCUUGCAAAAUCACAUAGAGUCUAUGCAAUCGAUCUUAUUGGUUAUGGAUACUCGGACAAGCCAAAUCCUCGUGAACUUGGAGAUAAACCUUUUUAUACGUUUGAGACAUGGGGAAGCCAGCUCAUUGACUUUUGCACCGAUGUUAUCAAAGAUGAAGUGUUCCUUAUAUGUAAUUCCAUCGGAGGUCUUGUAGGCCUUCAGGCAGCAGUAAGUGACCCCAAGAUAUGUAAAGGCAUUUUCUUAUUGAAUAUAUCUCUGCGGAUGCUUCAUAUUAAGAAGCAGCCUUGGUUUGGAAGACCUUUGAUCAGAUCAUUCCAAAGUCUACUGAGGAAUACUCCUGUGGGUAGACUCUUCUACAAAUCAGUUGCUACAUCAGAGUCUGUGCGUGGUAUUCUUUGCCAGUGUUACCAUGACACCACACAGGUGACUGAGGAACUUGUGCAGAAAAUCCUUCUACCAGGACUUGAGCCUGGCGCUGCAGAUGUAUUUCUUGAGUUCAUUUGUUAUUCAGAGGGCCCUCUUCCUGAGGAACUUCUGCCACAGGUUAAGUGUCCUGUAUUGAUAGCAUGGGGAGACAAAGACCCAUGGGAACCCAUUGAACUUGGACGGCGCUAUGGAAAUUUUGAUUCUGUAGAGGACUUCAUUGUUCUUCCUGAUGUUGGCCAUUGUCCUCAGGAUGAAGCACCCCAGCUUGUGAAUCCGCUUGUUGAGUCAUUUGCGGCACGCCAUGCUACACCCCCAGCUAGUGUUUCUGCUGCAAUCUGAUUCUUUAGCAACCCCCUUUUUUGCUGCUUUGCUGUCUGCCAGGCAUGUUCAAGGUAAAUGCGUGUUCUGAAAUGGCCUAUUCUGCGGUUCAAUGAAGCUGAACGUUGAAGCUUUGCAACUAGAGUACUAUACAGUAAGGUCUGUAAUCGAAUAUAUGAAACACUAAUCAUUUGAUAUCAAAUUAAGUCUUUAUUUGAGCUUUAA